CGACACUCGCGAGCCUCGACACUCGCAACUGCUCGACAACACCACCCCAGAGCUCUCAACCCAACGACACUACAUGUACUUACACAGGCACCCGGAUUUGCGCAACACAAUGGACAAGAAGCAAGUCGAGCCGAUACGGCGGCCGCUUUACCUCUACGACCUGCCCCCAGAAAUCCUCAGAACGCUCUCUCUCAAGACUGGUGCAGGGUUCCCAGCGCAGCAACAGCAGGAGCAGGAGCAGGAGCAGGAGCAGCUGCCUCACGACACCCCUGAUCAGCCGCAACAACUCGGCUCAGACCCCGCCACCCCAGACACCGCUGUUGGGUCGCCUUCCUGCUCCCUCUGCAGCUUGGCUUUCGCAAACGCCCUCGAACAAAGGGGCCACCUCAAGACCGACCUCCACCACUACAACCUCAAACAGAAGCUCAACGGCCUCUUGCCCGUCUCGGAACCCGAGUUCGAGAAGCUCGUGGCCAACCUUGACGAGAGUAUUUCCGGCUCCGACUCGUCACCCAGCGAAGAUGAAGAGGACGAGCCGCCCUCCCGCAAAGACACCACGCUGGUCGCGCUCCUGAAGAAGCAGGCUACCCUCGCCGACAAGCGCGGCCCUGAUGUCACGACCGAGGACUCUUCGGAGGCCAGGAAGAAGAGGAGAGGCGCGGCAGGAGGCAGCUUGCCCCUUUUGUUGUUCAACUCCCCCACGCUGCCCGACAGGUCAUAUUUCGGGGUCUACAGGGCGCUUUUCACGGCAGAAGAGCUGGCCAAGGAGGACGCCAUCAUCGACGCCAUCAGGCAGCGGCAGCUGGCUCCGAUAUCGAUGCCCAAGACGGGGAAAGACGGCAACGUGGCGCCCUCGGCCCACAAGGGGCGGCACAUCUUCAUGUGCAUGAUCGGGGGCGGCCACUUUGCCGCCAUGGUGAUCUCGCUGGCUCCGAGGCAGACCAAGAACCACGCGGUCGGCCCGCUCAACCGCGAAGCCAUUGUGCUCGCCCACAAGACUUUCCACCGCUACACGACGCGCCGCAAGCAGGGCGGCUCGCAGUCGGCCAACGACAACGCCAAGGGCACAGCCCACUCGGCCGGCUCUUCGCUCCGCCGGUACAACGAGCAGGCGCUGGUCGAGGACGUCCGCGCGCUCCUCGCGGACUGGAAGCCCUUCAUCGACACGGCCGACCUGCUCUUCAUCCGCGCGACGGGCGCGACGAACCGGCGCACCCUGUUCGGCCCGUACGACGGCCAGGUGCUGCGCGCCAACGACGCGCGCGUCAGGGGCUUUCCGUUCAGCACGCGCCGCGCCACGCAGAACGAGCUCAUGCACUCCUUCAUCGAGCUGACCCGGCUCAAGGUCAAGGAGAUCGAGGUCGAAGCAGCGCCGAGGCCCGGCCCCGACGCGUCGUCCAAGCAGCCCGACGCGGCGCCGUCCAAGCCCGCGCCGCCGCAGCUGACCGAGGAGGAGCAGGCGGCCCUCUUGCACACGACGCAGAUCCAGGCGCUGGUCCGCCGGUCCAGGCUCCCCGCGCUGCUGUCGUACCUCGCCACCAACAGCCUGACCGCCAACUUCUGCUUCGAGCCCGCGGACCACCACGCGCCGACGGCGCUGCACCUCGCCGCGGCGCAGAACUCGGCCCCGCUCGUCACAGGCCUACUCACGCGCAGCGGCGCCGACCCGACGGCGCCCAACGGCGACGGCAUGACGCCGUUCGAGCUGGCCGGCGACCGCGCCACGCGCGACGCCUUCCGCGUCGCCCGGGCCGAGCUCGGCGAGGCCGCGUGGGACUGGGACGUCGCGGCGCGCGUGCCGCCGGCCCUCCUGCGGUCCGACGCCGAGCAGCGCACCGACCGCGAGCGCAGGGAGAAGGAGGCCAAGGAGGCCGACCGGCGGAGGGCCGAGGAGGAUCGGCUGCGCGCUGCCGAGGGGCCUUCGAGUAGUAGCGACAAGGUUGGGUCGGGGAAGAGGACUAGAGGUGUCGUGGGCGUGAUAAAGACGCCCCAGGAGAAGAGGGACGAGGAGGCCCGCGGCCUGACGCCCGAGCAGAGGAUGAGGCUGGACAGGGAGCGGCGAGCGCGCGCAGCUGAGGAGAGGAUCAAGCGACUCCAUGGGGGUGGUUAAGAAGAAGAGACUGGUUGGCUAGUCACGGUUGGCUGGGUGAGUGGUGCUCAAUGAAGGUUGCAGGUAACUAAUUAACUCCCUGGGCUCGAGGGAGCGUGUGUGCCUUGAAUCAAAAUAUUAUAAUAUGAAGCUUGUGGCUCUGACUCUGUCCAGCUGUUUGCCGUGUCUCGGCUGGGUCGGGUCAUGUUAUAUUGCUUCCAUGACACUGUCUGCGUGUGUGCGUGUGUAAUAGACAACCCUUUUUAUUUACUGGGUUAAAGGGGGUUAGCUAUCUACUAUCUACCUACAUAGGCAGCUAGUUCGGGGUGGCCUCUGUAUAACGUGAUAACGGACAGCGACAUACAUAUAUAUACUGGCCUGCUGCCCUGGGCAUGGCGUUAAAAGGCA